AUGGAGCCAGAAAGCUUUGAAGCAACUCUAAAGCAAGAAGUGUGGAGAAAAUAUAUGAAUGAAGAGAUAAAGAUGAUUGAGAAAAAAGAAACGUGGGAGCUUGUAGACCGUUCAGAAGACAAAGACAUUAUUGGAGUCAAGUGGGUUUAUAAGACAAAGCUCAACUUAGAUGGAUCAAUCCAGAAGCAUAAAGCGAGGUUACUUGCCAAAGGAUACUCACAGCAACAUGGAGUCAACUAUAAUGAGACAUUUUCUCCAGUUGCACACCUCGACACAAUUAGGGCUUUGGUUUCUCUAGCUAUUCAGAUGUGA